AAAGUACCACCUCUAAUUGGAAAUCAAAACAAGCGUCUGGAAGAAAAAUCGGCGCUUAAUUUUUGAAGAUUUUUAUUAAUUUCACUAAACUGAGUUUUAAAAUGGCAAUUAUUAUGACCGAAUCGAGUUACGAAAGGCGUGUUAAGGCUUUAUACGAGAAACAAAUUCGCAUGGAAGCCCUCGAGGCGAAAUUCAUCAAAAAAGUCUAUAAAUUCAACAGCAAUUUGUUGGAUGUCAAGGAAGCAGCUUGUCGCCAUCAGCGGAAAGUGGGAAAGUUGCAAAAAGUGAUCAUGGAGCGGCGGGAGGAGUUGGACAAGCGAGUUUCCUUCAUAGAGGAACUUGAUCGAGAACUGGAGGCCACCAAACUCCGCAGCUUGGCCAUGAAAGAUCGGAUUAAACAGCAGAAAAUGCUGGCCAGACAGCGCAAAAACGAAAUCAUGGAAAGCAUUCACACGCUGUCGAAGACAACAGGAACCUACAUAAAUCAAGAAGCGCUGCCGGCACGUGUGAAGGGUGUCACUGUACUCCGUGGCGAUAAACGCAACCAGUUGAUACCCUUUGAUCUGAAGUCGACCGAUGUGGAAGGACUGGACUCACUGUGCCAGCAUCUCGAGAGUCUAAAUGUCGACAUGGCGCAGUGGCAACAACUCAUCUCGCUGGCCAUGGACGUGGCUAUGGAGUCACGUGCUCCCACUACUCCGCCCAAGGAAGCGGCCAAUUGCAACUCCAUAAUUGAGAUUGAUCUCACAUCGCCGACGUGCCACAUCUGACUACCGAUUAACUGAUUUCCUUGGACUAAAGGGAAGCCCCCUUUCCAAUGGAGCAUUUUAGUUUGGCAUAAUAAAUAGCUCAAUAAGCAAGCGGCUUAUUUGGAUUACAGCAAUUAAUUUUAGCUCCUUAAGUACAGCUUGUAAAUUAUACAUCUACUAUUUACGAUAACUGUAUCUCCCUAAAUAUAUUUUUUCUUUUUUCUGAUA